GAAGGGUAAUACUCAAAACGGAGAAUGUUCAGCUUCCGAAAAAAGUUCGCAAACUGGAACACUUACUUCUGGGUUUGCAGUGUUUGGGUUCCAAGUUGUUUGAGUACCAAAGUGUUUGAGAACCGAGGUACCUGAAGCGUAUGUAACCCAAGGUACCACUGUGCUUCAGGCUACAGAUGCUUUAGGUUACAGACUCUGCUAACCCAGAAAUAGUACCUCGGGUUAAGAACUUUGCUUCAGGAUGAGAACAGAAAUCAUGCUCCGGCGGUGCGGCAGCUGCAGGAGGCCCCAUUAUCUAAAGUGGUGCUUCAGGUUAAGAACCGUUUCAGGUUAAGAACGGACCUCCGGAACGAAUUAAGUACUUAACCUGAGGUACCACUGUAUUAGGAAAAGAAAAGAAAAGCCUCAGUGAUCUAACUCCUCGAGUAGAGUGUUACACUGAUCUAGGACACUGGAGCAUUGCAGGAAGAAUGAUAUUUUGGGGUCUCCUUUUCACACGCUCUAAAGCAGUUGAGUCGAGAGUUAUCGCCUCUCUUUCCUGGUUGGGCUGGCUCUGGAACCUCAGCAGGGCCAGAAUAAAUUUUGCCAUCGGUGCAACUCCAUGCUUCGGAGCAAAACACAAUAAGCUGCUGGAUUUCUUUCGGUUGUGCAGUGAAAGUUGAUGCUUCAACUGCUAGCAACCACUGUUAGUUGUGGCUUGUCCAAAAUAACUAGCGCUGCAUGUGCCAACAUGUGGUUUAAACCCUUAACUGAAUUAAUCAUUUUCACAUGGAAAAUAAUGCUGGAGAAGUACCAUACAAAGUUGUCAUUGCAGCUCUAAAAUAGUGGCAAGGCAAGAGGUAGCACAGCUGUGUUUAUACCACUUUAUACCAUUCCUGUUACAUUCAUUUGUAUCUCAAACCAUUUUCAUAUACAGUAGUACCUCAGGUUAAGUACUUAAUUCGUUCCGGAGGUCCGUUCUUAACCUGAAACUGUUCUUAACCUGAAGCACCACAUUAGCUAAUGGGGCCUCCCGCUGGCUGCCGCCACGUGAUUUCUGUUCUCAUCCUGAAGCAAAGUUCUUAACCCAAGGUACUAUUUCUGGGUUAGUGGAGUCUGUAACCUGAAGUGUAUGUAACCCAAGGUACCACUGUAUAUGAGAGCCACAUGGACUGUUCUUGCCAUGUGUGAUUAUUGCCAAUACAGUGGUACCUCAGGUUAAGUACUUAAUUCGUUCUGGAGGUCCGUUCUUAACCUGAAACUGUUCUUAACCUGAAGCACUACUUUAGCUAAUGGGGCCUCCCGCUGCCGCUGCGCCGCCGGAGCAUGAUUUCUGUUCUUAUCCUGAAGCAAAGUUCUUAACCCAAGGUAAUAUUUCUGGGUUAGCAGAGUCUGUAACCUGAAGCAUAUGUAACCCGAGGUACCACUGUACAAAAAGGUUCUAGGCAAUACAGGUUUUGGGUUCAACAGAAAGAGGGCCAGUUUUAAAGAGGCCUGUGUGUAGGAAAUUAACUCUAGGUUACUUGGGGGGUCACUUAAAAGAUGGGGUGUCUUUGUCUCCCUGCCCCACUCCACAGGUGAGUUAUCCAGCCAUAUCCAUGCAGCUGCUGUUCCCCUGAAAAGGAAGUCACAGCCCAUCAGAAGAAUGGGUUAUUAAAUCAAGAUGGGAAAAGGAAGCAUUAUUUUUAAAAUCACAACCAAAAUUAGACAACCCAAACUUGAAUCUGCAACAAUGGCUGUGCAAUCCUAUACAUGUCUUCUCAGAAGUGAGUUCAAUGGAACUUCCAGGUCUGGGUGGAGCACUGCAGCCUGCAGCUCACAACUUGAAAAAUUCAAAAUUCUUCAUUUUUUGGAGUAUAUUAAACGUUAAUUUUGCCCUCACUGUCUUGCACUUGGGACACAAAAUGCUUGGACUGAACAUUGCCACUGGUGUCUAUGAGAAAUUGGUCGCAUUCCUCUAUUGCUACAUUUUGAAUGCCCCUUUUUUCCUGCUCCACAUUUUUAUAGAAUGAAAAAUUAUUUGUCCGAUUGUGUUAGAAGAGGCAACUACUUCUCUUUUGGGGGGGGGGGUGACAAAGUGUAUUUAUUAAUUACACGCAGCCACUUUUCACUAGCGCCAGAUUCUGGUAUAGGCGUCAGUUGAUUCUCUUUGCAUUUACAGUACUUGGGAGUUGGUCUGAUUGAUUUAAAUGGAACUUUUCCGCAAGUAGCUGUUCAGUUAUGAUCAGCUUACGUUUUAAGAAAAUGAAAAUUGUGCAUAUUUUGAAAAGGCAAACAUGAUUCCAAAACACAAACGCCGAUUUGCAUCAGUCAUGCAGAAAAAAAUUCAGAUGGAGAAGAACCUUGCUAGUAAAAGGUUGCUGUGAGUUCCUUUGCAAACAGGGAUCUUCAGCCGGCUGUAUCUUGUCAAGGGACUAACUUGCUCAAGUGUCUUAUUAGAGCAUGUCUCCUGCGCUGCAAAAACUGACCUCCCCACCGCUAAUGUUUUAAGUUUCCCUACACGGAUACAAACCAAGGAUGAGCAAUACAAACGUGCGGCAUUUGAAGUGGCCUUAGGCUGCCCCUGCGCAUGUACAGAGUGCUGCGUAGCCACGGCCCCAGCCGCCUGGGUUUAGGGCAGGCAAUGCCCCCAUCCUGUUGACACGUGGCUUAUGCAGUAGCCUUCAAAGGACAUCUCCUUUACUGGCCAGCCUAAUCUGCAGCCGACGCGCAAGAGGCGACCGGCGCGAUUGGGUUUGGUUGCAUCUUCGGCCCAAAUCUCUUGCGCUUACGCUUAGCCGCGGUCCGGAAACGGGCCUGCAACGCCUGCUCUCCUUGCGCCAAGUUCCUCGCGCGUUCCGACCGGUUUUGCCGGUUUCCCCUCGGUGCGCCCAGAGCAGCGAGGCUGCAGAGCUGCGCGUCUCCUCUUCAGGAGAAACCUUUCUCCCGGGACUCUCCAAUUAGCUCCCUUGCACGCUUUGCAGAAGGCAGUGGAGAGGCGAGCUGCCUCGCCUGUCGGGGGGCGAGCGGGGAGGGGCGCGCGCACCAAAGACCAGUUCGACCCCGAGACUUUGGAAAACUAAAACUUCCCUUUCGCCCCCGGUCUCAGGUUCCAGGGAAACUCUCCCCACCCGUCUCCCGCUUUUACGCAAUUUGCAAAAGUUCCCUGGCCGCCUCCUCCUGCCGCGUCUCCGAAUUCAACGCCGUCUUCCCACCUCGGGGCUCGCCAGUCCUGAACUUGUCAUUGAUUUCUUAG